AUGAAGAAGCGUUUUGAAAGUGGAUCUGCGAAACGCAAGAAGUAUAUGGAAAACAAGGAAAAAAUUAAUAAACUACCCAAACUCACCCAAUUCUUCAAUAAAGUAGUCGUUACAAGUUGCGCAUCUACCAGUGCCAGUAAAAGUGAUGAUAGUAUAAAUAUUGAAAAUGAUGAAACUGAAAAUGAUCAUGAAGAAACGAUUUCUUCCAUCACCGAAGGGGCGGACGUUGAGGUUACACAUGCCGAAGCUGAUCAAGAGCAAAGUGCAAUUAAAGCUAAUGAAUAUAUUGAAAGUACGGAUUCAAGUCUAUGGCCUGUAUCUGACGACAACUUACACUCCUAUUGGAUUGAUAAAGGUCCAUCAGCUGGUGCCAACCGAGAUUCCACUUUCCAUAAAUCAGCGCGUGUAUACAUAGAAGGAAGUUAUACUAAAACAAGAAACCUAUGUGCAUCGUUGUUUAAAAGACAGUUACGUAACGGAGAGGUUGUAGAUCGCGAAUGGCCUAUUUAUUCUCCGUCAAAAAGAAAGAAGCAUGCAGGUAUGGCUGCCUCGCAACAUGAAAAUUCUCCUGAACACAGGAACUGUAUGAUGAUCUACCAGAGUCGCUUAAGGGUAUCUGGUCGUAUAGAUACCCAAUUAACGAGGCAAUUUAACGAUGAACGUCAAUAUUGGAAAGAAGUGCUGAGGCGAAUAGUAGCUGUAAUAAAGUUUUUAGCUUCAAGAGGACUUCCUUUUAGAGGAGAAAAUGAAAAUAUAGGUUCAGUUAAAAAUGGAAAUUAUUUAGGAACAUUGGAAUUGCUUAGUCAAUUUGAUCCAUUUUUGGAUCAGCAUAUAAAGAAAUAUGGUAAUGCUGGAAAAGGUAACCCUUCUUAUUUAUCAGCUACAAUUUGUGAGGAAUUUAUUGAAUUGAUGGGAUCGAAUGUAUUGGCGACUAUCGUCGCUGAAGUACAUAAAGCCAAGCAUUAUUCUGUUUCUGUUGAUUCUACGCCGGAUGUGACACAUGCCGAUCAACUAACAUUUAUUUUACGAUAUGUCAAAAAUGCUGUUCCCAUUGAACGAUUUUUACAAUUUAUCCAUAUUUAUGGACAUACAGCAGAGUAUCUGGCAGAUGUUGUCAUUUCAUUUUCAGAAAAAAAUACAAUUUGCUAG